CCCAGGCGCCUCCGGGGCCGCUCCUAGCUCGGGCUGCUCCAGGAAGUUUCCAUGAAAGCACCUGAAAUACUGAGUUACCUUUGCCAGGAGAACUCGAGUGAGAGGAAGCCCUGCGCCCACUCUGGUGAGCUGCAGCCAGGAACUCUGGGCUCUGCUGGGAGGAGAAAGGGAAGUUGAGAAAGUCUUUGGACCUGGUGGCGUGGCUGUUUUCCUUAUGGCUUCACUCAGCGGCCACGGCAGUGGCUGCUCCUAUGUCAUCGACCACAGCCACGUCCCCGAGUUUGAGAUGGCCACCUGGAUCAAAAUCACCCUCACUCUGGUUUACUUGGUCAUCUUCGUGGUGGGCAUCCUGGGGAAUAGCAUCACCAUCUGGGUCACCCAGGUGCUGCAGAAGAAGGGCUACUUGCAGAAGGAGGUGACGGAUCACAUGGUGAGCUUGGCUUGCUCGGACAUCUUGGUCUUCCUCAUUGGCAUGCCCACGGAGUUCUACAGCAUCAUCUGGAACCCCCUGACCACGCCGAGCUACGCCCUGCCCUGUAAGCUUCACUCCUUCCUCUUCGAGGCAUGCAGCUACGCCACGCUGCUGCACGUGCUGACUCUCAGCUUUGAGCGCUAUGUCGCCAUCUGUCACCCCUUCAGGUACAAGGCCGUGUCGGGACCCUGCCAGGUGAAGCUGCUGAUUGGUUUCGUCUGGAUCACUUCCGCCGUGGUGGCAUUGCCCUCGCUUUUUGUUAUGGGUACCGAGUACCCCCUGGUGGACGUGCCCAGUUACCGGGGUCUCGCUUGCAACCGUUCCCGCACACGCCACCACGAGCAACCCGCGACCUCCAACAUGUCCAUCUGCACCAACCUCUCCAGCCGCUGGGCCGUGUACCAGUCCAGCAUCUUCGGCGCCUUCGUCGUCUACUUCGUGGUCCUGCUUUCCGUGGCCUUCAUGUGCUGGAAGAUGAUGCAGGUGCUCCUGAGGGGCACGCUGGUGGCGAGCGGCGGGCAGCCGCAGCUGAGGAAGGCGGAGAGCGCGGAGAGCAGGACGGCCCGGAGGCAGACCAUCAUCUUCCUGAGGCUGAUUGUUGUGACAUUGGCCGUAUGCUGGAUGCCCAACCAGAUCAGGAGGAUCAUGACUGCGGCCAGGCCCAAGCACGACUGGACGAGGUCCUACUUCCGAGCGUACAUGAUCCUCCUCCCCUUCUCGGACACCUUCUUCUACCUGAGCUCGGUGGUCAACCCGCUGCUGUACAACGUGUCCUCGCAGCAGUUCCGCAGGGUGUUCGGGCAGGUGCUGCGCUGUCACCUGACGCUGCAGCACGCCAACCAGGAGAAGCGCCUGCGCGCCCACGCCGCCUCCACCACGGACAGCGCCCGCUCCACCUGCCGCGCGCUCAUCUCCGCCUCCUCCAGGCGCGGGUCCUCUGCAAGGAGAACUAACAAGGCUUUCUUAAGCACUUUCCAGAGCGACGCCACGCCCGAGGCUAAGCGCCAGCAAUUGAGUCUCCGGUCACCAGAUCCCAACUCGGAGACAAAACCAGCUAAUUCUGCCGCAGCGAAUGGUCUUCAGGAGCAUGAAGUGUGAAUGUCAAGUAAGGAAGCCUCGAGUGGGCACCGGCCCUCCCACACCAAAGCCGCACUACCCUCACACAGCAGUCACAAAACAAACUGUGCCCCGUCAGGGACAGAAUGGAAGCUAGAGGCUUUGGAAAAGGCAGGUGCCCACCUCCGUGACUU